GGCUCACCACACUGGUUUAACGCGCGUGUUUGCGAGCGAGAAUUGAAUGCGCCCCGCUUGCAAGGUGGGCGUGGCCGCUGGCCUGCUGAGCGAGGCACGUGCUGCGCGUCUUAUGUUUGAGUGAGUGCAGCUGUGGUGUUGUCCUGCGUUUGGUGGGUGCGGUUGCUUGCUUGGAAAGGAAACACUCUGAGGAGUCCACGGUCUCGUGAAGAUGCUCCAACUCUUGUCCAAAGGUCUCUCUUUCUUCUGGAGAAAGGCCGACCUGGAUAUGGAAGGAGAUAAGCCUCAGGCAGACGGAGAUGGCAAAGAGAUAAAAACGAUACAAGGUGUAGUGACGAGAUUUUGCCUAGACUAUGGGAUGAUAGAUGAUUUAAUUUGGUUCACCAGUGAUGCUGUGAUAAGCAAUGUACCGCUGCAAGUUGGGCAGAAAGUCGUAGCUGUCGUUGAGGAGGAUAAAACAUCCAAGGGAUUAAAGGCAGUAAGGGUAGAAAGUGUCUCUGAUAAGUGGGAAGAAAAUAGCAGCUUAUUUCCUUGUGUGGAUUUGGAUCCUAAGACACUAAUUGGCAGUAUAACAUCUCUUACUGCAUUUGGAGGUUACAUCAAUCGAACAACUUCUUUCUCCAUGAAAGAGGUUUGUGAAGGUUUUGAACCUUAUAAAGGGGAUUGGGUGCAUGCUGAAUAUUUUAUUAAUCCAACAACCUGGACCAGUGAAGCAAUUUCUGUAAAGCCCUUGAGGUAUAAGAGAAUUGACAAGAUUUAUAUUACCAGUGUUUGUGGAAGAAUUGGCAUAGUAGAUGACAGCAUAUUUUUCACCCUGGAUUCACUGAGACUUUCAGAUGGUUAUUUGCCUCAUCGACAUGACCUGGUCAAUGUGGUAGUUGUGGAGAGUAACCAGUCAUGUUGCACUUGGAGAGCACUUUGUAUGGCUCCAGCAGACAAGAAUGGGCAAUCUCUGACCAAUGGAGUGAACUUGAAUGAGCCAUAUGAAAACUUAAUAAAAGACAAAGGAGGACUUGAGGUGUCAAAAAUGACAAAUUUUGGAACACUUAAAUUAGGAGAGACCAAAAGCAUGGAAAUCUGGAUUGAGAAUAAAGGUCAAGCAGCUCAUUCUUUAAUUAGCUGCAGAUUAGGUGGCUGGGAAAAAAAUAAACAAUUUUGUCUUCAAAUGCUAGGAGAAUAUCACAAGGAUUCAACCACAUCACUAGUAGCAUCUGUUUUCACUCAAGGAGCUAGUCCAAAAGUUGAAUCUGUGGAUCUAAACACUGGAGACCAUGACAAUUCUGUUAUCAAGCAACCUGAAACACUAAGCAAACAGAGAGUACCUGAGAAAGAAAAACCAGUAGAGCCUAACAGGAAUAUCUCUCUGCCUUCUGGUAGAAAGACUUCCAUAGUGAUUAUGUGCACUGCAAAGAAUCCAGGACGCUGCAAAGAACUUUUGUUGCUUUGCUUUUCUGACUGUUUUAUUGGUCGCUACAUUGAAGCAACUAUAGUGGCAGAAGAGGAGUCACUAAUAGCAGCCUCGGAGCCUUUUUCCCCAAGUAAACGUUGGAUUAAUCCUGAGCCCCAGUUCACCAAGGCAACAUUAGUUUUACCAGAAAUGAAAAGAAAGUCAGGGAGACAGCUUCCAAAUUUCCUUCCCCAGUAUCCUAUUCCAGACAGAUUAAAGAAAUGUGUGGCAAAGAAAAUGGACCUACUGGCUUUUCAUCCUCUUCUUGGAGAGGGCCUGACUCUAGAUAAUUAUAAAGAGAACUUUUCUACUCUGCUUUGGCUUGAGGAAAUUCAUGAAGAGAUGGAAAUAAAGGAUUUUACCAUGUGUGGAGUCACUUUGAAAAAGAAUGGAAACUUCCUAGUACUUGAAGUACCAGGAGUCACAGAGGGUCGUCCCCCUUUAAGUCCAGGUGACAAAGUUAUAUUAAAGACCCAAGACUACUUGGAUCAGAUGAUCCACUAUAUUGCAUGUGUUACUGAGAUUAAUGACGAAGACGUUACUCUGAAGCUUAAUCCAGAAUUUGAACAGACUUAUAAUUCUGAACCAAUGGAUGUGGAAUUUACUUUUAGCAGGACUACUAGCCGGAGAUGCCAUUUUGCACUAGAACAAGCUAUCCAUCUAGGAGAAAAAGUUUUGUUUCCAGAUAGUCUGUCUUUUCAGUCUCCGCAAGUUGUCAAGAAGUGGCAUGACUCAGAAUGUUCUGACAGUGCUCAAAAACAAAGCAACACACAAGAUGAGAAUGAGAAGAUGCAAAAUGGUAAUGUGGAAAAGCUGCCAAAAGAGAAAAAGGCAGUUGUCAUUUCUGACGUGGUGACUGUUGCAACACAGACAAUGAAUGGAACGGCAACCUCUAAACAAAAAGAUUGUGAGUUCUUCAAUCCUGUACUGAAUGAGCAUCAGAAACUAGCAGUGAAAAGGAUACUUAGUGGUGAAUGUCGUCCAACACCUUAUAUUCUCUUUGGACCACCAGGAACUGGUAAAACUGUAACAGUAAUUGAAGCAAUUUUGCAGAUACAUUACACUUUACCAGACAGUCGAAUACUGGUCUGUGCACCAUCAAACAGUGCAGCAGAUUUAGUUUGUUCACGACUUCAUGACAGCAACAUGCUAAAGCCAGGAGUUAUGGUCAGAGUGAAUGCUUCCAGCAGAAAUGAAGAGAAUCUGAGUGCUGUAAUAAAGCUUUACUGCAAAGAUGGAGAAGACAUUUGGAAAGCAUCGCGAUUCAGGAUAAUUAUUGUGACAUGUAGCAGUGCAGGAAUGUUCUACCAAAUAGGAGUAAGACCUGGACACUUCACACAUGUAUUUGUGGAUGAAGCAGGACAGGCAAGUGAACCAGAAUGCCUGAUUCCACUGAAUUUGAUCUCAGAAAUCAACGGGCAGAUAGUACUUGCAGGUGAUCCAAUGCAGCUAGGCCCAGUAAUAAAAUCUAGGCUUGCUUCAGUUUAUGGAUUAAAUGUUUCCCUGCUGGAGAGACUGAUGUCUCGGCCUUUAUAUCGAAGAGAUGAGAGUGCUUUUGGUGCUUGUGGAUCGUAUAAUCCUCUUCUGGUUACAAAGCUUGUUAAGAAUUACAGAUCACAUAGUACACUACUUGUAUUGCCAUCUAGACUUUUUUACCAUAAAGAGUUAGAAGUUUGUGCUGAUCCAGCAGUGGUAAACUCUCUGUUGGGAUGGGAGAAGCUGCCAAGAAAAGGUUUUCCAUUGAUUUUUCAUGGAAUGAGGGGCACUGAAACACGUGAAGGCCACAAUCCCUCCUGGUUCAAUCCUGCAGAAGCAGUUCAAGUAACACGUUAUUGUUGCCUGCUUGCUAAAAGCAUAAACAAUAAGGUGUCAGAAAAGGACAUUGGAGUGAUUACACCAUAUCGAAAGCAGGCAGAAAAAAUCAGAAUUCUCUUACGUAGUGUCGAUCUGAUGGACAUCAAAGUUGGAUCUGUAGAAGAGUUUCAAGGGCAAGAAUUCCUUGUGAUCAUCAUAUCAACAGUCCGAUCGAAUGAAACAUCACCUUGUGAUAAACACUUCCUGGGCUUCCUUACUAAUUCAAAGCGCUUUAAUGUGGCAAUUACCAGACCCAAGGCAUUGCUCAUCUUAGUGGGAAAUCCUCACACACUGGCUAAAGAUCCCUGUUUUACUGCAUUCUUGGAAUACAGUUUGGCAAAUGGGGUUUACAUUGGUUGUGACUUACCACAAGAACUAGAAAAUCUAAAGCUGUGAGUGCCCUUCAGCAUUGUUGGUGUGACUAGCUAAAAAGAAUUGAAGUGCUACCUGCUAAGUCCUCCCAACCACACUGUCUUCUGGUGAAGAUUUGACCCAGAAUAUAAAGUUAGUACUUCACCUAGCAGAUCAAGAGCUUUUAAAAAACUUGUUUAAAUCUUAGACAAGGUUAAACUGUAAUUAUGAUUUCAAAGUUGCUAUAUUUCAUGUUAUAAAAAAUUCAAAAAUGUAAUUAAAGUUUUCUGUAUGGCUUA